CUUCAUUUGUACUCGCUUCGUUUACGUCGUGUUAUUGAAAAUUUCAGAAAUGUUAUUAGAUUGGACAGAUCGUCGAUUUUUUCAAAAAAGACCUUGUGUUAUAUAAAGUGAAGUGAUUUGAUGUGUUUUGUUAGGUUUUGUAAAUAGUAUUGUGAUUAAUGUUAUGUGAUUGAUAUAACGAAUCGGUGGUUCGCAAGAUGGACGAAAUGUCUAAGGGCAUGUCACAAGCAGGAAGCAUCUCUUCAACUGACAAAAAUCAGGAGAAUGAUGAUGGCGUAAAGCGUGGUUUGCGGCACGCAUGCCAACCAUGCUAGCGUUGGUAGAGCAACUGCGGUCAUAUCUCGGUGGAGGCUGCUCGACAGCGCCGUGUGUAUACGUGAGCGAAUCGUGCAUCGAGUGCGAACGAGUACGCGCUGCAUGCGAGAGACUGGGUGCGCUGGCUACGGUGCGGGGCCCCGACUCCCUGCCCUCACCGCAGCAGCUGCCGGCGCCACCCUCCUACCUAGUGACCGCUCCAUUUGAGGGAGAACUCUUCGAUGCAGCACAUAAAGCUAAAUAUAGGGUCCUGGGGCCCACAGCAGUGCUGCAGCUGGCGGAGCGCGAGGAGCCACCGCCAGCGAACGCACGACCUCUUUACUCGCUGGCGAUGCGCGGCGCAGUCAUAUGCUUCUCAGGAUUCCGAAAAAAGGAUGAACUUACGUACCUGAUAACACUGAUCCACUAUAUGGGCGGGUCAAUCCGUAAAGACAUGUCGAGUAAGGUGACGCACCUCAUCGCUGCGGCGGCCACGGGUGACAAGUACCGGUACGCAUCGGGCUUUGGGCUGCCCGUGCUGGCGCGCUCCUGGGUCGACGCCUGCUGGGAACGUCGGGACGACCCCGCGUGCCUCGCGACUGACGAUGCUAUGAUUAAGGAGCACAAAUUGAAGGUGUUCGCGGGGGCGCGUGUGUGUUUCGUCGGGUUCCCGGAGGACGAGACGCAGCACAUGGCGGAGGUGCUCGCCAGCAACGGCGGCGCCACCUGCGCGCUCGACGACGCCGACUGCACGCACGUCGUAAUGGCCAAUGGGGAGACUUUCGGUCGUUCGCUUAUCCUAUCACCUCAUCUCAACACUCCCAAUACAUCAGCCAAACCUCUCCAAUCUACACCAAAUCGAUCCCAAACCACUCCUAAGAGCUCUCUCUACCGUAGGCUCUCGGCUCGCCUUUCGGGCCGUCGCGCUAGUCCAAACAAACAAACCAAUCAAACAAACGAUGAAAGAAUUCAAGAUGACAGGGAAGAAUGCUUGAAAUUAGCGAGGGAUAAUAUUAGAAAUAGAUUAAGCAAUGAUAAAGAAAAAUCUCAGUCUGAAGAUAUCAGUAUUAUUAAUAUAGGGAAGUCAUUUAUAGAUGAUAUGUGCUCCGAUGUUCAUGACUCAAGUAAUACAUCUAAUGCUGAAAUGCGGAAAUACAAAGGUAGCAAUAAAGAAAACAAAUAUCUGUCUCAAAUUAUUCACGGUAGUGGCAGAAAUAAUAGCAAAGAAAAGCGAGAAGUCUUUAGAAAUAAGUCUUUAAAUGUAUUUAACAUAGUCGAUUGUUUGGCGGAAGCGGGAUCUCUACAGUCUUCUCUAACGAAGAGCUUAUGUGAAUUAGAUCCGAAAGAUGAUCCUGGUUUCCCGUUACCCGUUUCAGCGGUAAACAAAGAUUUACAACAUUCUAAUACUACCAUCUCUUCUGGUAAAAAAAGAAGUAGAAAUUCUACGGAGUCCAAUUUUCAAAUUAGUAUGAUAGAUAGUAAUAACUUAUCACCUGAUAAAUCUGAAGAUGUUAAUUGGAAGACAAUCAAAAGACUUAAAAUUAAAGAUUCCUUUAAAUUUAAAAAUAAACCUACUAUUUUUAAAAGAACCAAAAAAGAAUCCGUUUCUAAAACAUCGGGAGAUAUCACGGUUGAAGCCUUAACUCCAGAGAUUGUAAAACCUACGGACCCAGCGGGAGAAUUUGUAGCUUCGACUUCCUCACCCAUUAGAGAAUACGACAAUACAUCUAUUUCAUCAAUGAACAUUAGUAAGCAGUCCGGAUUCUUCGAUAUAUCUUUUGCAUCUAUAAGAAGUUCAAAAACUAUAAAAUCAGCAUCGAAAUUAAGAAGGAGCGUAAAGUCGUUUACUGCUUCAUUUAGAAGCGAACGAAAAAAAAAAUAUGAAAAGAGAGCCGAACGCAAUACAGUCCAGGUAGACGCCAAUCACCUACCCGCUGAAUUGAAAAAUAUGUCAACGCCAAAGAGAGAUCUCGACGAUAUGAAUUUCGAUAUAUCUCCGGUCCAAGUGGACACGGUGGACAGCACCGACAUGAGGACACCCGUCAGGGAAGACGUAGAUGUUGACGAGUUGGACGAUUCAGUAAUUUUUAAGACACCUCAAAGCGUAUGGCUCCGCGCCCACCGGCACUCUAUCUGCGGUGGGGCGGAGCGCGGCGGCCCCGCCCCCCGUCCCGCCCCCGCCCCCUCGCCGCGCCGCGCCGAGCUGCGCGCCUCGCCGCCUCCCACCCGCGACGCCCGUGCCUUGUCGCAAUGCCAUGGACUAUCGCUACCGGUGGUAGACGAGCACAACACGGUGGUGGCGCCAGAGUGCUCACUACGAGUCCAUGUCGUCAAGGCGGAGUGGUUUUGGGCUUCGGUGCAAAAUGAGGAGGCGCAGGACGAAAGAGAGUACCUUUUCAAAGACUAUCUGGAGGAGGUGUCGAGGCGGUCGUCGGUGGGCGGCGCGUGCGCGGCGGGCGCGGACGAGGGCGCGGGCGCGGGCGCGGCGGGCGGCACGCCGGCGGCGCUGCAGCGCCUCCGCAAGCGCAAGCUGCGCGGCGGCGACGCGGCGCUGCACAAGCGCCGCUCCUCAGUGGGCGACGCCGUGCUGCUCAGUCUGUCCGGGAACCUGCUCGACUGCACGCCCUCGCCGGACGGCAAGCAGCUACUAGAAGAGUCCGAAGUACCUGACAAUGUGGUGCGAAAAUUGAUGUCACCGCGACAGCAAGUUUUCAUGGAAUUACUUCAGACAGAAUCGAAUUAUGUUGGAAUACUACACACCAUUGUAAAUAUGUUUAAACAACCGCUGGAAGAAAUGGCCGAAGAGGAUAGCAGUAAUGGCAAAAAUCAAGCUUUGCUCAAUAACACGGAACUCAAAAUUAUUUUUGGCAAUUUGCCGCCUAUUUAUGAAUUACACCAACGGAUGCUGGAAGAGCUUCAUUACGCGCAGGCGCACUGGAGCGAGGAGGUGAGCAUCGGGCGGCUCGUGCUCAAGUACACUCCCGACAUGGUGAAGGCCUACCCGCCCUUCGUCAACUUCUUCGAAAACACCAAGGAGAUGCUGCAACAAUGCGACCGUGAGAACCCAAGAUUUCAUGCAUUCCUGAAAAUUUGUCAAACGAAACCCGAAUGUGGACGACAAAGCUUGCAGGAAUUGUUAAUAAGACCAGUGCAGCGAUUACCCAGUAUAAGUCUGUUAUUGGACGAUAUUCUGAAGCACACGCACAAGAGCAACCCCGACCACGCGGCGCUGGUGUCGGCGCUGGCCGGCCUGCGCGAGGUCAUGUCGCACAUCAACGAGGACAAGCGCAAGACCGAGGGGCAGCUGCAGAUGUUCGACAUCUACAACGACAUCGACCAGUGUCCGGCCCAUCUCGUCUCAUCACAUAGGUCGUUCGUAUCCCGCUGUGAAGUGGUUGAGUUAUCGAAGGAACUCUCUGGUCGAGGCGACCAUCUUGUUUUGUUUCUUUUUACGGAUACAAUGGAAGUAUGCAAGAAAAGAUCCAAGGCUUUUAAUAGUAAAAGUCCCACAAACGGCACGGGUACGAUGCGCAUUGGCUCCAGCAAACCGUACCGACACAUCUCUCUCAUGCCGCUCAGCACCGUCAAGCGUGUCGUCGACAUACGGGAAGCGGAAGAUUGUCACAACGUGUUCGCGCUCAUGUGUCGGAGCAACCAGGAGCUGAAGGAGAAGUUGUACUCGUUCAUGAUAACCGAUGAGACCGUCGACAAAUCACAUUUCCUACGACAGCUGUGCAGGCAGAUGGCCAACACUGUCUGUAAAGCGGAUGCCGACAAAUUUCUGGCAUGCCUCGAGUCGCAUCAGCUCGAUAUCGACACCAGCGACCUUGCACUGAGUACUCUCUCUAAAGUAUCCAAGUUCGCAGCUCGCACCAGAAUUAAGCUGGAGGCGCUGGCGGGGCUGGGCGGCUGGCUGCGCGCCGACCCGGGCGCCGUCCUGCUAGACACAUGGGUAUUGCGCGCUCACUUACUCGCACAGGUCGGGCGAGCGCUCUCCUUCAAUAAAACUCCUUCGAAGCUAAAGCGGGCGAUGUCGUCCAUGAUCUCACCGUUCGGCUCCACCUCCAACCUGACUCCCGCCUCGCAACUCGCGCAGAUGAGACUCGCCAGCUGUAAUAAUAUAAACGAGAUGGGCGCGAGCGGCGGCGGCGAGGGCGGCUCGGUGCUGGUGGCGCCGCUGUCGGUGCAGCCCACGCGCAAGGCGGGCGCGGGCGCCGCCGCCGCGCUGCGCCGCUUCUGACGGCGCCCGCAGCGCUCCGUGUGACGCGGGCCGCGCCCUGCUGCGUCGUCGACGCGCUCGUGAUUUGACUUUCGAGUUCGACGACCGACGUUGUCGUCGCUCCACCGCCGGUUCUUAAUAAUCCUAGUGACCCAGUGCCGACGGCGAUCGGACGUAGGGAUGUGGCAAUUGAAUGUAAUUUAUUUGUUACGAGUACUUUUCGGGCUCGGCCCGCCGAGUGUAGCCGUUGGAAUCGGAAGUGCCUUGUAGUAUUGAAAGGAUCGAAACGAUCCGCGUCGGGUCGAAUGUCGACCGAUAGUAUUAUUUUGAAUUGAAAAGUGAGAACGAAGGAGCUUCGAGUGUGAGGGCGGAUUGUAAAUUAGAUUUAUACUAAUCGAUGUGACGGAGAUUGCGUGAUCGUCGAUCGCGUGAUUUGUAGUAUCGAGUUGUGCAACUAUAAACCAAAUGAAAGUCGAAUAAAAUUAAGUCAAUAAGUUUGAUUUUUUCAUAUAGUUGGGUCUCAUCUCCACUAUUGGCAGUUUUAAUCGUGUAGCUAGUUUUGGGAUCUGUGUAAUAUCUUGAAUUAUUUAAAUCGGAUAUUUAAAAUCUUGUGUCACAUAGUAAUAUUGAUAUUAUUGAAUAGUCUUGAGUAAUAUGUACAUAUUGUGAUAUUUUAAUUUAAUCGUGAAAUAGACAGUCGUAGGCUAGAGUAGUGUUGUAUCUGGUAACCUACCAUUUCCGUCUGCUAAAUAUUUUAAACGUUCCUAAUAUUUGCCUUGUCGCUUGUGGACGUUUAAUCCAUUAAAUAUUCAUUUACGAACAUCGACGACCGAUGUCGUUUUUGUUUUCGCGUGCGUGUUUUUUGCUUUUUUUCAUUAAUUUUUUAAAACAAAAAAGCUCAAAGCUUACGACACGCACCGACUUUCAUAUCAUGUGUACGCAUGUUAAUGCAUUGUACAAAGUUCUAUAUUUAUAAAUAUUUUAAAUGAUUGAAAGAAUAAAGGUUUAUUUUCAAUCA